CUCACGUGACCAAGAGCUGACGUGUGCAGAAGUCCUUCUAGUCUUGGUCGUUGUUCCCGUCUGAGUACCAGCUCCCUAUUUCCCUGAGGGAGGGCGGCCCUGUCGCAAAGGAAAGAAGGAAGAAAAGGAAAUUGUCCCGGAUCUUUGCAGUGGGUCCAAGCCUCUCCUGGGUGGCCAGUCUUUUCGUAGGUUGCGGCACAACGCCAGGGAAGAGAGAAGGAAGGAAAUUAACCCGUUCGGUGAAGGUCCAUUUGAGGGUCUGCAGUAGCAGGUGGCCCCGCUAGAAGCAAGAGAGGAAGUUUCUCCGAUCGGUAGAGAUCAAAAAGAUUGUUGGGCGUGGCUUACCUCCAGGAAGCGAAGAAGGGGCAAACUGUCUGUCUCAAGGAGGUCCACUUCCAGAACCAGCUAGUUGGCCUUGAAGUCACUGAAGAAGAUCCCUGUCCACAGGCCUGCACUCCCACCCACAGCCUUCUUCCCACACCCUGAGUGACUACUCCAUUCCCUGGUCCCUGCUGUUGUCAGGGACGAUUGCAUGGGCUACGCCAGGAAAGUAGGCUGGGUGACUGCAGGCCUGGUGAUUGGGGCUGGAGCCUGCUAUUGCAUUUAUAGAUUGACCCGAGGAAGAAAACAGAACAAGGAGAAAAUGGCUGAGGGUGGCUCUGGGGAGGUGGAUGAUGCUGGAGACUGUUCUGGGGCCAGGUAUAAUGAUUGGUCUGAUGAUGAUGAUGACAGUAAUGACAGCAAGAGUAUUGUGUGGUAUCCACCUUGGGCCCGGAUUGGAACUGAGGCUGGGACCAGAGCCAGAGCCAGGGCAAGGGCCAGAGCUACCCGGGCACGCAGGGCUGUCCAGAAAAGGGCUUCCCCUAAUUCAGAUGAUACUGUUUUAUCCCCCCAGGAGCUACAGAAAGUACUGUGUUUGGUGGAGAUGUCUGAAAAGCCUUAUAUUCUUGAAGCAGCUUUAAUUGCUCUGGGUAAUAAUGCUGCUUAUGCAUUUAACAGAGAUAUUAUUCGUGAUUUGGGUGGUCUCCCAAUUGUUGCAAAGAUUCUCAAUACUCGGGAUCCCAUUGUUAAAGAAAAAGCAUUAAUCGUCCUAAAUAACUUGAGUGUGAAUGCUGAAAAUCAGCGCAGGCUUAAGAUCUACAUGAAUCAGGUGUGUGAUGAUACAAUCACUUCUCGCUUGAACUCAUCUGUGCAGCUGGCUGGGCUCAGAUUGCUUACGAACAUGACUGUCACUAACGAGUAUCAGCACAUACUUGCUAAUUCCAUUUCAGACUUCUUUCGUUUAUUUUCAGCAGGAAAUGAAGAAACUAAACUUCAGGUUUUGAAACUCCUAUUGAAUUUGGCUGAAAAUCCAGCCAUGACCAGAGACCUUCUCAGGGCCCAAGUACCAUCUUCACUGGGUUCCCUCUUUAUUAAGAAGGAGAACAAAGAGGUUAUUCUUAAACUUCUGAUCAUUUUUGAGAACAUAAGUGAAAAUUUUAAAUGGGAGGAGAAUGAACCUGUUCAGAAUCAAUUUAGUGAUGGUUCACUGUUUUCCUUUUUAAGAGAAUUUCAAGUGUGUGCUGAUAAGGUUCUGGGAAUAGAAAGUCACCAUGAUUUUUUGGUGAAAGUAAAAGUUGGAAAAUUCAUGGCCAAACUAACUGAGGAUAUGUUUCCAAAGAGCCAGGAAUAAUUCCUUGACUUUGUAGUACAGAAGCAACACACAUUGUAAACUGUUUCUUUUCUCCACCUUGUUUAUAUGGCAAAGGAAUCCUCUCAGCUGCCAAUUUUGAAUAAUGACUAUCAUAGUGUAUUAUUGAUGCAGAUAUUUAACCAAGUUUGUCUUCAGGUUUAAGAUGGAUGAAUGAAUAUCACUACUUGUUCUGAAAACAUGUUUGUUGCUUUUUUAUCUUGCUGGAUAGAUUGAAAUAAUUUUUAUUAUUUCUUCUGCAUAAGUGACAGUGAACAAUACAUCAUAAGUAAGCUCCCUUCUUGUCAUUUACAUUGACUUCAUUUGUGCAUCUCAAUAAAGUUGUGUGUUGAUACUGGAAAGAAAAAAAGGAAGAAAGAAACCAUCCUUGUCCUUUGGUUUAGAAUCCAGUUGUAGGCAUAAAAACACACACAACCUAAAAUAAAUCAGAAUAUCUGGAGCAUACACUCAUUGUCAGAUGUGUGCUCUUAGAACACAGAGGAAGCAAAGACUUCUGUGGCCUAUGAGUCAGCUGAAGCUUCAGGGAGGACACAGCCAUUGAAAAUCAUCCCUGAAUGGGAUAGGGAAGUUAGUGCAUUCCAUGAGACAGGAGCAAAAGGGGAAUGAUGUGAGAAAAGCAUUAAGGUAGGAACCUUCCUAUGGCAUUCAGGGGAGCAACCUUCUUGGAGUGGAGAGUGGGGGAUUAAAUGAUCAUGUAAAGCUAAGUGAAGUCAGUGUGGAGAGCUAUUUGAACAUAUUUUUCACUAGAAAAUGGCUAGGAUUCAUAUAAGUGUCCCCUCUCUCCUGUGCAAUGUCAAAGACGGUGUAGUAAAAUGGAUCCUGUAAAACUCUGGUGGUGGGCAUUUGGUAAUACAUAUCAUGAAGCCUUAAAAUAUGUAGACCCUUUGUCCUAACUAAGGAAGGAAAUGUAUAAAUGGCCAAAGAUUGUAUGUGCAGGGCUGUUCAUGUUGGCACUGUCUUAAGGUAGUACAAAUUGGGAACAACUUCAGUGUCUAGUACACUGGAUUGCCUCAAUGAAUUAAGGAAUGUUCAUAAGUAGGGUGUGAUACAUAUGCUGGUGGAAAUCAAUACUGUUAGAAUAAUAUUCAUCAUGCAUUGUUAAGUGAGCAAGGUAAGUUAGAUAGAAGUACUCAGUGUAUGAUUCAAUUGGGGGGGUCUUAAAUCAUGUUGUAAAAGACACUAAAAUUUAUGGAAUUAUAUAUACCCAAUAGUAAUAACAGUUAUAUUUGGACUAAAGAUAAUGACUAGUCUUUACUUUUUUUUUACAUUUUAUUCAUAUAUGGUUUUUAUCUAAAAUUAUUAUUACUUUUUAGGAAACCUUUGACAAAAAAAUUAAGCAGGUCAUUAAUUCAAGCAUGUAAUUAGAGGAAAAAAUAUUUAGGCUGAAAAUGAGAUAGUUUGAAGUUUCUUCUUCAGAAUGAUAGGUAAAAAGUGAAGAUAAGGUUUAUUGUGAGGAUUAAAUGAGAGCAUAUAUACAAAGUACCUACAAUGUUUUGGCAUAUAGCAGUUAAUUCAGAAAAAAUGAGUACUUUUAAUUAUCUAGGAUGUAGGGUUGCUAUUUUUUUGGUUGACCUUUGUUUUGCUGGGGCAUUCUGCCAUGUUUCAGUGUCAAUAAAUAAUAAUAAUAAUAAUAAUAAUAAUAAUAGUAAUAAAGGUUAACAUUUAUUAAGUGA